AAGAGAUUGCGUUGCAACAACACCCAACGGCUGCUGUGACUGAAUUUGAAAUUAUAGACGGGUCUGCUGCCCGCUGCUUUCCAACCCACUUCCUUUUGGGCCUGGCCCAAUUAUAGAGCUGCUGCCUGCAUCCUGCUGAACCAGAACCGAAGAAGUUUCAAUGGUAUUUCAUUGUCAAUUAAUAUUUCGAAAACUGGAAUCUCUGGACAAGGCCUGAGACCGCUGUGGUUACAUAAGCUUGCACUUAACAAACUCACGGCUAAUGAGCACGCCAUCGCCAUUAAAAGCUGCUGCAUUUUAAUUAAUGAAGUUAAUAAACGGACCAAUUCAGCUGCUGUGGCAGCAGCCUCCGCGCCGCAAACUAAUUACAUGCAACCCGUCGAGGAAGGGCUUUUACUUGAUGUUUAUGCAGCAUCGUCGACAUUAGGCACUAAUCGAAUUUAGUGAGUCGAAGGUCUUCUCCUCCCGUGAGCAAAAGGGAGACGAAAGCCAUUUUAAGAUUAGUCCAAGGCUGAAGCAAAAACAGCCGCCCACUCCGAGCAAGCUCUUCAGGACUUCACAAUGCGUCUACCGCGCUCACCCCCAGCGCUCUGGCUAUGGCCCUGGCUAGCCUUGGCCAACUCCGGCAUUCUUGCCUAUCCGAAUAGCGAGCCGCAGCAGCCGCUGGUCACCUAUGUCACCACCCCUACGACAUCGAGCCAAAGGAGCCAGUCUGCUAACCAGCACCUGCGACCAGCAUUCGUCUAUGACUCACCUCCCCCGGAAGGGGAGGUGGGCUCGAAUUCUAUGCGUCCCCUGUCCACAACAACAUCCGAUGUCCCGAACGAGGAGACUGGGCCGUCAAAGAAAGUCAUUGGUUCCAGUGCAAGCCCGGCAGUGUCAGUUGUUCUUGAUGGAAAUGAACCUCAGUUCACGGAUGUCCUCGGUCACAAGGUGCCCAAACCACAUCCGUCCUUGCAAGUGGCCAGUCCUAUCGUUCUUCUUAACCCAGAUCGUUACGAAUUCUACACUUUUGACGAGCAAGGCGAGUUGGUCAAGCGGUUGAUGACCAUGCAGGAGAUCCAGAGCAUUGUGGCCAAUGGAGACGGCGAGGGACCGUCAAUCAUUCACCCGGCCGCAAUAACUGAGAACAAUCCCGACCAAAAUGUUCAAGAUAUUGUAAGCAGCGUGCAAAACGUGCUAAACAAGGAGGUUGCUUCCAGCUCAGCAAAGAACAGCUCCGGGGAGCUCCUUCCUCCUCUUCUGGAUACCCCUGACGUCUUUUCCUCCUGGUCCCUGAUACUGCCUGCCAUUUUCGGAAAUACAGGGGACAACAUCUUUCCACAGCAGCGACCGCAGCAGAUUAUUAUGACUCCCGAGUCGGAGUUGCUGGAGACGUCCACCAGUGCGCCAUUACCACUUACGGUAGCCACAAAAAAGCCCAUGCCCGCUAAGCGCAAACCGGUCACAAAACGAAAACCCGCCACCACUACCAGCACCACCCCGGUAACACCUCAGGUAGUGCAGGAGGAGCUAGAUCCCAUGGACUCAGUGUACACAGGUAUCCAACAAUAUCAGCAGGCUGCUGCUAAUAUGCCAGAGUUCGAGCUUCUUCACAUGCAGCCCAUCUACCAGAAGCAACCGAGCACUACAAAACAGCCAGAAACAACAACGCGGCGAGUAUUCUACAACAACCAGGAGAUAAUACACACGCCCACCUCCUCGAGCAGCACCCCCUCGAGCACCGAGGUUGUUUUUACCCAUCAACUGGCGAAGAAGCCGGUGAGUGUUCAGCGCAAGCCGACACAGCCUCAACGCGUGAAAAAACCUAACGGUGGUGCCGAAAGUACUUCCCAGGCUACCGGAGGAAAACAGAAGGUCAGAAAGAAGACAACCACCACAACAACAACUACACCAGCCCCACAUUCCGAAAAAGAGCCCCCCUCCCAGGGGGUGCCUGAAACAAUAGAAAAAACGACCACAACCACCCACUCACCUCCAUCGACUACUCCAAAAAAGAAGAAACGGAAGCCCACACGAACGCCAGGUACAGGAUCAUCUGCCGGCAGCUCCAAGCCAUCGAAGACAAAGCGCAAGCCAACGUCUGCACCACAGGCGCAGAUUGCCGGAACUCUGAAUUUGUCCAGACCUCAUAGACCUCAAAAGAAAACCAAGCCUACUACAACUUCUACCACGACGCCAUUACCAGAAGCCAUUACAAGUACGACUUCCAAGCCAGUGACCACCCUUCCAGAGGCCCCAACUACAGAGGCGCCAGAAGAGAAUCUAAUCACUACCACUCCAGAACCUCAAACCACAAUCCCCACAACAACGAUAACAGCAGAGGCUCCCACAACCACAUCAACAGAGGCACAGACAAUAACAUUAGAAGCCAUAGUAACAACAGCCAUUGCUACAACAACAACAGCUGGUUCUGUUAAAACCACAACGACACCACUUGCGUUGCACCAUCAAAAAUUGCACAACAGGCCCGCUAGCCGUCCAUCCAGUCAACACCACAACCAAUUCCACGCGAAGCCAGUGCAUAUCACAACAACAGAAUCGAGUAAAGUGGCUGGGGAGGCAGAAGCCGAAAGCUAUGGAUUGCUUAAUGUAAUUUCCUCAUCGAGCACCACACACAAGCUAUACUAUCCCCUGCCCAGUUAUGAUUCUGGUGCCCCUCAAAAUGUGACAAGUAUGUUCGCUGAUUCUGCGGCUCCUGAUUCGCCGUUGAAGAAGACCCAACUGCCUUCGCUGGCGCAGCUCCAACAGCAGUUGCACCCUGGAUCACCAUCUCCAGCGCCACAGCUCUCACCCGCACAGAUACUCUCAAUGGACCAAAUAUUGCAGUCGCUGACCCAGGACCUUUCCUCCACAGAUAAGGGGAAACAAGAUUCCGCUGAGAGUCCUCUGGGGCAUGGCAACGCGGGUAGCAAAUUGCAGAUGGAUGCCCUGACCAGUAAAAAGAAGGUAGCAGUCAUGGCCCCAACCACCUCAGCACAAACAACGACUGCUACAACUCGAAUUUCAACUACCUCUUUAAAACCCACUACAAUUUUGACAGACAACAAGCCCCUUAUUUCCCACUACGGUGGCAGCACUUUGGCCACGAUGCUCUGUGAGGAAGGGGAAGAAUUAACCGACUCUAAAGAAUCUUCUAAGGUCCAUCAGCAAGCAGCGAAGACUACGCUAAGCAGCCUUGAGGACGAUGACGAGGAGCAAGCCCCCGUUGUGGUGAUCACCGCUAGACCACAGUUCUUUACGAGGAAGCCAGAACCACUGCAGCCCAUAAAAACCAAUCAGAUCCAGGAAGAGCCAGAGACCACCGAGUUGCCCAGACAGACACAGUUUCUGGUCACAACGCCAAUGUCACCGUUGGAAGAACUGGAUGCUAUCACGGAUAAGCCUUUAGUGGAACCAAUCUGUGUUCAUAUACCGGAGGCUAACGAACCUAACGUACUUAGCGGUGAUAGCCCACAGUCAGUGGAGGCUGAGGAUGGGGCGAAUGCAGCGGUGGCUACCACUGAACAGACGCUGAGGCUUCCAGUCUCCGAAAGCAGCACAGUGUCCGAUUUUGACAGUACUGAAGUUACACCUAUGAUCGCUGACCUUGUGCAUCAACUCAAUUUGGAAAUGCUUAGUCCCACGGACCAAAUAUCCAUGGCCAACUUUCAGACGCAGGCGGCCACUGUCGCCUCCACACUAGUGGAUGGCAGCAACUCGCUAGUCUCGUAUGUCCCUAUAAAUUUAAGCGAGACUAAGGACGAGCUUGAAUUCCUAAUGUCUGAUGUUAUCCAGCAGAUAGCUCAGGGGGAUCAGAGCAAUUCCCCGCUAAGGGAGCAGCCGAUAUACGAUUCACAACGCCUGACCAAUUUCGCCCAACUGAAUACUUCUUUCUUUCUUCAGGCAAAACCAGAAAAUACCGAGGAGCCUACCGAGCCUCAUGAACAAUACAAACAAGAGUCUGCACAAAGUACAUCAACCGCAGGCUAUUUCAAAACGGAAUCAACCUACUCGGAAUCUUUCUCUGCAAGUCCGAUCCAUGAAGAGACGAGCACUCAACGGAUUCCAGUUCUAUCGCUUUCCCAGAUAUAUGCGCAGCAACAGCAAGAUAAAGAUGAGGAGCAGAAAGAUUUUUUCAACGAACGACUCGAGGAGCAGCCAACUUCAGAAUCCUUUGGGUACGACCCUAAUUCCGCCCUGGAGAAGGCGUCCACUACAACACCCACAGUAGAUACCACCGAGACUAAUAUCGUUAAGGCUAUCAUCACCACCGAGCGACAGCCGGCAGAUGAACGCAGCCAGGAAUGGACAACUUCCAGAGAAGAGGGCAGCGAGAAGUCAACAACGCGCUCAAGUGAAAUCCCUGAAAGCUACACCUACAGGGAAAGUGCAGAAGAAAUGCCCGAGCUGCUGACAAAUGGUUACAACGAGCAGCAGCAGGCGGAAAAAGAUCCAGAGCCCGUACUUACCACGCUGGUAGAGUCAGCGUCAACCACGAAACUGCAUGAGGGCGAAAAGACAACAGUAGCGACAAAUAUUUACCAGGAAGCACAGGAAGAUCAAUCCUUAACAAAGCAGUCGGAGGAAGGCCAAGCAGCUGUUGUGGAGGAGAGCGCCUCGAACGCCGCCCAACUACAACCACAAUAUCAGUCACCGACCAGCGAAGAUCCGGAGGAGCCUGAAAUGAGGGUCACAGCAAUUCCAGGUGACAUGUCUUUGGCUUCUUCGGAUUCGGACAUGUCAUUGAGCUCCGAACAGGUCACUGAAAAAAUCGAAAGGAGCACAGUCACGUCGCUGCAAUUGAACGACGAGUCAUUUGAGGAAAAUUCCGACGAGCUGACUACUGUUAUUUUCGAAGAACAUGACGCUGAGGGUGAGGAGGCGGUAACAAGUGCUCAAAUAAUACAGCCAGAUGAUGAGGAUCCCUACGUGAAGCUAGGGGAAACGACGGCGAGUGUGGUGAGGCCUCUGAAAUCCAUCUCAGAAGAGGUCGGUGAGGACAAAAGCGUGACUAAGCCCGAAGAGGAUACCUAUAAGGUAACAUUGCCUAGCAAUGGACAGCAGGCAGGAGAUCAGGCGGAUAAAGAAGACGAGGAGGAUCAAGUAAUUUUACAGCUACCUGUCUCUCUCCCCAGCAGAACAAUAACAACUACUACUACAAAGCCCACUACGGAGGCGUCAACUUCGACAACUACUUUUACGACUUACAGUGUUUCCCCACCCACAACAAAGCGACUGAACACGCUGAAGCCGGUUUCGUACUACGUUCAGUCCUCGCUACUGGGUGGAUACAAUCAAGUGGACUUAGAGCCGCUAAAGGAGCUUCCCUACAAUGCCAACAAGAUGGACCCAGCCCAACCACAGGCUCUAUCCCAUAGCCAAUUUCCAUCGACUUUGACCCAGCAGCGGCCUACCCAGCGACCUCUCUUGCUGACUAAACUUAUGGCCAGUUCCACGCAAUCGACACGACCACCCGUAAUACUAGCUCCUAGUCCCGAAUCCUCCCAGGGGCUUGAGGCCUCAACCGUGGUAAUGGACGAAGAUCUGCAAUCUUUUGCCAGACUCUGCAACGAGCUGGCUUUCAGCUACUGGCGCGCCAUUACCUCCGAGAAAAUCAGCUCAGCCAGAAGUCUGGUCAUCUCCCCGUUCGCCCUCACCUCUAUGCUUUCAAUGGUCUUUCUAGGGGCACGCGGAAGCACGUCCGGAGAGAUGAACGAGAUCCUAAAGCUGGACGAUAUGGUUACCUUCAACCCACACCUGAUACUUAAAAAUAUAACCAACUCAGUGGAACAGGCUGCGGACAGAGGUAUCGCGACAGCUGCUUUCGUACGCGAGAUUUUCAGCGAUCGUGCCAACGGGAAAAUACUACCCUUCUUUAAGGAGAAAACCCAGCAGCUGUACGCCGGUCACGUCGAGGAGGUCAACUUCCAUGUGGUCAACGACAUCGUGCGGCGCCGCACUAACCUGUUGGUAAAGCGCCACACGAUGGGGAAGGUACUUGAGUACUUGCGUACCAACAGCGUCUGGGUGAACGGGCCACUAGCCACGGUCUCGGCCAAUCUCUUCCAGACAGACUGCUCGCACGGCUCUACAGCGGAUCGCGAUGGAGAGAUGUUCUUCCAAGUGCACCCCACGGUCCGCCAGCGCCGGCUCGUUCCCAUUCCGGCCGUGCUGUACCGAUCUGGCUUCUUGGCGGGAUACGAACAUAGUCUGGACGCUACCGUUGUGGCUUUCGGCCGAGUUCAAGACACAGUUAGCACGGUCUACGUGAUGCCCGGCCGCCAGAGCUCUAUCUCGCCGAUGGACAACCUGGACCGGCUGGAGCGCAACCUGGUGGAAAAGGCUUUCGGGAAGUCGCAGGCCUGGAGCCGUCUGCUUACCUCUUUAACGGAUCAACCAGAAAUGGAGGUACAGCUGCCGCGCUUUUCACACCGCUCGUUUGUUAACUCCUCGUUGGGUCUGCAGAAGAUGGGCCUGCGCGGCCUUUUCAAGUCGGACUUGGCCGACCUACGUGGUCUGACUGGCGGAGGAAGCCGCGAUAUCUUCUUAUCCGACAUGAUCCAGAUCAACACGUUCAGCACCUGCGGCGAAGAGAAGAUCUCCGAGCAUCACCACGUAGAAAUGUACCCGGCGCCCCCGUUGCGCAAGCGGAAUAAGGACGUGGACGCCACUGACGACGCCUUCGACUCGUCGGAGGCAGUCGUUGAAUUCGGCUCGUUGGCGCAGGAGUCGACGCUAGGACGGGGCUUCUACGACGACCUGCUGGACCCCAAGUACCUGGAACUUCCGCUGCCACUCCGUCCACGGCAGGCUCGCGUCCCAGAUGCACCACGGCUUCGCUUCGAUAAGCCCUUCCUGUACUUCGUGCGCCACAACCCAACGGGCAUGAUCCUGUUCAUGGGGCGCUUCAACCCACGCCUGUUGCCGUGAAGCGGCACCAAAACUAGGAACUGUGUGUCGUUUUCUUGUUAAUUCUUUGAAUUUGUCUUAGUGAAUUUAUAUUGUACUUGUAAUGCUAAUAUUAUUUUUAAUUACCGCUGCAUGCUGUGCCUUAAUCCCGCGUCCGACAUUCCCCGAUACGAGAUUGAUGCGCAGCACACUUUUGCAUUUGCCAAAGGCAUCUGCAAUUACUCUCUGCGCGCAAGAAAACGAAAUUAAAUAUCUUAAAUGCUUAAACGCAGUUUUCGCAAACGUAUCUCGAAUUGUCUGGCUUAUUUAAUUUGCCGCAUAAAACACGAUUGCGGCAUGGUAUACGAAAGUUCAUUUUUACUACAGUCGUUCUCUGAAAAUUGCACCGCUUGGCAAACAAAUGUUAAACAAAUAUGUAGGCGGCGAAUGCGAGUGCAAUCGAAAAUUAAACGCAAACGCAAUCAAGGAAAUGUAAUUUAGAAAAAUAUACUUUACGAAUUCGCAGACUUCAAGUUAUGUAUGCUAUUAUGUAAGCU